AAUACAUUGGAUCCGCCACUGGCAGUUGUCUCCUUCCAAAGUUGUUCAGUCGGUUCAAAGCCCCCUUCCAACAGUAUUUUAUGGCAGUUCUCCUUCAACCAACCACGAUGAGGAGGUUGUGUCCUUCUUAAUCGUUAAAUUCCCUAACCACGAUUGAGAAAUCUGACAUAUAUAAUGAUCAUAAUUUGUUUAAUGUUUAUAUGUUUCAAUCAGUUUGUUUAAUGUUUAUUGCUCUCCCUAUUUGUUUAUAAAUACAAAGCCAUCAUUCUUGCUAUUUCAAAUCAUGGAAGUCGAUAAUAAUCGGAGUAGGAUGAAAACCAAUCGCAUACAAUUGUGUUUAUAUUUCAAUUUUGAUGAAAAAAAUCCUAAUUUCUACUCUUGCUAUCAGGAUUCUUCCUUUUCUGUUUCAGAUGAACAAGUAAUCAUCAUUAUAGAUGGAAUCAGAGAUUUAAUUGUCUGUUCUUCUUCUUUCUCCAACCCACUCCAAGCAAGAAGAAGGAGGUUCUAGCCAAGAGGAAGCAAAGGAGGUUGCCAUUCUGUGGAUUUGGAGCUCAGGGCAUGAUAUUUGAGGAGGACUAUAAGUCGGGAGAUCGAGCACGAGUGCUUAUCCGACAUCAACAAGAGGUAGAUCAUGGUUGGGACACACAACACACCAGAGAGCAGUGGGGUGAGUGAUGAGGAGAUCUGUAGGAUCAUCCACAAGGAGGUGGCUGUGGCCAUCAGGGCUGAGAUUCCAGAGAUGUUCGGGUCUAUUAAGACCACCUUGAUUGAGACUUUUGAUGAGCGGUAUGCUGCUCUUUCUGAUGCUGAUGUUGCAGCAGCCACCGUGGCCAUUGCUGCUGCCAGGCCGCAGGGGGUGUCUCGUUGUUGUAUCGGGAGUUCAGCAACACGAAGCCACCAGAGUUUGACGGGACUCAGGAUCUGAUAGUUGCGAUGAGGUGGAUCUCUGACAUUGAGGGGUGCUUCUAUACAUGUUCAUGUCCGGAGCAUCUAAGAGUUCGGUUCGCACUGAACCAGCUUCGCUUGGGGGCGAAGGACUGGUGGAAGUUCGUGACAACGCACUACUCUUCAGAAGAGCUUGCUGCGAUGACAUGGGAAAGGUUCACUGCUAUGUUUCGUGAUGAGUACGUUCCCCCGGUGGAACGGGAGCGUUUGGCUCAGGAGUUCUUGACCCUCAAGCAGGGUACUGAGUCAGUUACUGCGAUUACCCGGAUGUUUCACGAGAGGGCGAUGUUCUGCCCUGAGAAUGUGUCGACCGAGCAGGCACGUAUGAGCCGAUAUCUGAGCAUUCUGAGGAGAGACAUUCAUGAGUUUGUGGCAAACUCAUCAUACCGUACAUUUGUUGAGCGUCAGACAAAUGCCCGGAAGAGGGAGAUUGAGUUAGAGACGCAGGCCAGGGAGGAGGCCGAGUCUCAGAAGGUGGAUCGGCGACCGGCACAGUCUCAGCCGGCAGCCAAGCAGGCCAAGCCCGCCGAUUCGAGAUCUGGGGGUCAGAAGGGCCGCACUUGCGGAAAGUGCGGCAAGGGUCAUGAAGGAGUUUGCAAGGCUGGUUCUUGCUACAAGUGUGGCAAAGAGGGGCAUAUCGCCAAGGAUUGCCCCAAGGGAUUCAUGGUCUGCUUUCAUUGCAACCAGACUCGACACCGGAAGGCGGAGUGUCCACAGUUGAGAGGGACGACACAUGGAGCAUCUCAUGGAUCUGCCCCUGCUGCUGCGAGAGCUAGUGAGGGUCAGCCGGUGAAGGUCGAGGCGCCGAAGGCGCAAGGGAGGGCGUUCCAGCUGACAGCGGAGGAGGUCCGUGCAGCACCUGAUGUCAUGGCUGGUAUGUAUUCUUUCAUAUAUUUAUCCUUACGUUGAGAUAUUGUGCUUAUAUCAUGAUAUGCGUAGGUACUUUCCUUGUGAAUAAUGUGCCUGCUUUGGUGUUAUUUGACUCGAGUGCAAGUUGGUCAUUUGUCUCAUUAGCUUUCAGUAGGCACAUCGGUAUUCAACGAGAGGUGAUAAGUCGACCUUUGCGUGUUUCCAUAGCUGACGAGCGGGCAGUGUAUGCCACAGAUAUGAUUUGGGGAUUUGUACUUGAGAUCUUCGGCGUUGGGUUUCCGAUAGAUCUGGUCCUCAUUGGGAUGAGGGACGUAUGUGUUAUCGUGGGCAUGGAUUGGUUGAGCUAUGUUGGGGCUGUGAUAGACUGCGAGCAGCAGCUGGUGACGAUCCGAGAUCCUAGUGGAGGAGUGCUGACAGUUUAUGGUGAGGGGACUCGUAGUGAUUCAGCAUUCUAUUCGGCUGCCAGAGCGAGGCAGAGUUUGCAGCAGGGCUGCAAGGGGUUCGUAGUCUAUGUGAUGGAUACGCGUGAGGCCGCUGGGAGGCCGAGUUCAGUUGAUGAUGUUCCGAUAGUGCGUGACUUCCCGGAUGUAUUUCCCCGAGGAGUUGUCGGGCGUGCCUCCCGAGAGGCAGAUGGGAUUUCGCAUCGAUUUGAUUCCCGAGGCUGCGGCUAUCGCUAAGGCACCAUAUCGCCUAGCACCGCCUGAGAUGCAGGAGUUAUCCUCACAGUUGUAGGAGCUGUUGGGGAAGGGGUUCAUUCGUCCGAGCAGCUCACCUUGGGGAGCGCCGAUUCUCUUCGUCAAGAAGAAGGAUGAUUCACACCGGAUGUGUAUAGAUUACCGGGAGUUGAACAAAUUAACGAUUAAGAACCGUUAUCCGUUACCGAGGAUUGAUGACUUAUUUGAUCAGCUUCAUGGGGCAUCUAGGUUCUCCAAGAUUGAUUUGAGGUCUGGAUAUCACCAGAUGAGGGUGCGUGAUGAGGAUAUCCAGAAGACGGCGUUCAGGACGUGAUACGGGCACUAUGAGUUCGUGGUGAUGCCUUUCAGGCUCACCAAUGCACCAGCAGCAUUCAUGGAUCUCAUGAACAGAGUGUGCAUGCCGAUGUUGGAUCGCUCGGUGAUCGUGUUCAUCGACGAUAUAUUGGUGUAUUCGAGGCCUAGAGAGCAGCAUGAGAAGCAUUUGAGGGAGAUCCUCGGGGUUUUAAGAUCAGAGAGGCUCUAUGCCAAAUUCUCCAAGUGUGAAUUCUGGUUACGGGAGGUCUAGCUCCUGGGACAUCUUGUUAACCAGAAUGGGAUUUAGGUCGAUCCAGCCAAGAUUGAGGCGGUGAUGAGCUGGGAGGUACCGAAGUCUGCCUCCGAGAUCAAGAGUUUUCUAGGGUUGGCCGGCUAUUAUCGGAGAUUCAUUCAGGAUUUCUCCAAGAUUGCAGUGCCACUCACUAGUUUAACCCGGAAGGGUGUUGCUUUCUCAUGGGGUCCAGAUCAGCAGACCUCGUUUGAGACUCUUUGUCAGAAGUUCUGUGAAGCCUCGGUGCUAUCCCUCCCAGAGGGAGUUGAUGAUUUUGUGGUUUACUGUGACGCAUCUAUAUCCGGGUUAGGUGCAGUGCUCAUGCAGAGGGGGCAUGUGAUAGCAUAUGCAUCGAGGCAGUUGAAGCCUCAUGAGGUGAGAUAUCCCACUCACGAUCUGGAGUUGGGGGCAGUAGCAUUCUCCCUCAAGAUCUGGCGUCACUAUUUAUAUGGGGUUCGGUGUACCAUAUACACGGACCACAAGAGUUUGAAGUACUUGAUGGAUCAGGCCAACUUGAACAUGCGGAAAAGGAGGUGGUUGGAUGUGGUAAAGGAUUAUGAUUGUGAGAUCAUGUACCACCCGGGCAAGGCUAAUGUUGUAGCCGACGCCCUGAGUCGUAGGGUAGAAAGUGCCCCGAUAUGAGACAUUUGUAUUAGAUUGACUGUGAUGACCCCGGUGUUGGACACCAUUCGAGGGGCCCAGGCUGAGGCAGUGAGACCGGAGAACCGUAAGAGAGAGCGAGGGUUAUCGGGCAGGUGUCGGAGUUCGUUACCGACAGCCGAGGGCUUAUGACUUUUCAGGGUUGGAUUUGGGUACCGUUUGUGGGCGGGACGCAUACCAUUUUGAUGGAGGAGGCGCAUAGAUCGAGGUUCUCAAUCCAUCCCGAGGCCACUAAGAUGUAUUUGGAUCUGAAGAGGGAGUAUUGGUGGCCUUGUAUGAAGAGGGAUGUUACGUGGUUCGUUGAAAGGUGCUUAACUUGUCGUAGGGUUAAGGCUGAGAACCAGAAACCGCAUGGUAAGUUGCAGCUGUUGGAGGUUCCCGAGUGGAAGUGGGAACAGAUUGCCAUGGAUUUUAUCACCAAAUUGUCGAAGACUGCGAGGGGAGUCGAUGCAAUUUGGGUGAUUAUAGACAGGUUGACGAAGAGCGAUCACUUCCUUGCUAUCAGUGAGAGCUCUUCCACUGAGAGGUUGGUAGAGAUGUACGUAAAGGAGGUGGUAUCGCGGCAUGGGGUGCCGAUUUUGAUUUUCUCAGAUCGAGAUGUGCGUUUCACUUCCAGAUUCUGGAAGAAAUUUCAUGAGGAAUUGGGUACGAGGUUGCAUUUUAGUACCACAUACCACCUACAGACUGACGGGCAGAGUGAGCGGAUGAUUCAGAUGCUCAGGGACAUGCUCCGAGCAUGCGUGUUGGAUUUCGGCGGAAGUUGGGACACGUAUUUACCCUUGGCGGAAUUUUCCUACAACAACAGCCAUCAUUCGAGCAUUGGUAUGCCACCCUUUGAUCUGUUGUAUGGGAGGAAGUUUCGGACUCCUAUUUGUUGGGGAGAGGUAGGGCAGCGUGUGAUGGGUAGUACAGAGAUAGUGCUUCAGACGACAGAGCAGAUUCAACAGGUCAUACAGAGGCUUUUGACCGCUUAGAGUAGCUAGAAGAGUUAUGCAGACAGGCGUCGGUCCAAGCUCGAAUUUCAGGUCGGCAACUUUGUACUCCUGAAGGUCUCUCCUUGGAAAGGAGUGAUCCGAUUUAGGAAGAGGGGCAAGCUGGGGCCCCGAUAUAUUGGUCCUUUCAGGGUGAUUGCGAGAGUAGGCAGGGUAGCUUACCGGUUGGAACUAUCUGUAGAGUUGGGUCAGAUUCAUAACACCUUCCACGUGUCACAAUUGAGGAAGUGUAUAUCCAACGAGUCGGCAGUGGUACCAAUAGAGGAUAUUUAGGUGGAUGCGAGCCUGAACUAUGCUGAGAGACCGGUGACUAUUAGGGAUCGGAAGAUCAAGGUUCUGAGGAACAAGGAAGUGCCUCUGGUGCAGGUCCAGUGGCAGCAUCGGAACGGGUCAGAGUUGACGUGGGAUCCGGAGUGUAAGAUGCGUGAGCACCAUCCAAAGUUGUUUGCAGAGUAAGACUUCGAGGACGAAGUCUGAUUCUAUUGGGGGAGAAUUGUAACAUCCGGAUCCCCAGGUAUAUUAUUUUAUUAAUUUAUUUUGGAGUUUGUGGAGGGACUCGGCGAAUUGGUGCUUAGACUCGCCGAGUAGGUUCACGAAUUCUUAUCUGGAUCAUGACUGGACUCGGUGAGUUCAUGGGUGGACUCGGCGAGUCCGUGCUGUUUAAUGAAACCCAAAUCUCUCGGGUUUGG